AGCCAAAUCACGAAAGUCAUAAUAAUUUUUCCUUAUAAAGCAAAAAAAUUGAAGGGUAACGUGUUCAUCUACUCAACACUGAUCAAUGAGGUUGUUUUGAACAUGAACCACAAAAAAUAAUUGAUUCCGUCUUAUCUUGCUGCCAAGUCCCAUUAAUGAACCAUAAUCUGGAUUUAGCAUAUGCCGCCACGUAAUUAAACGCUUAAUUACUUGCUUUAACUUUCAUCAGUGACAGUGACGUGCUGCUAGGUGUCUCUCUUCAAUUAAUUCCUUGCUUCCAUUGUCAUUCACUUUGAUCAUGCUUCAUCUUCAGUUUCCUAUUUAAUUUCCAGCACUUCCAUUGUGGAAUACACAUUUUGGUGUGUGGUGAAGUAAGGUUGAAGCAAAGAAUCAAUUAGAAAAAUUGAUAGAAAAUGAGUGAUUGGGGUCCUGUGGUGAUAGCAGUGGUGCUGUUUGUGUUGUUGAGUCCUGGUCUUCUGAUUCAAAUUCCUGGGAAGAGCAGAGUGGUGGAGUUUGGAAACAUGCAAACCAGUGGAAUUUCUAUCUUGGUCCACACUAUCAUCUUCUUUGGUCUCAUUACCAUUUUUCUUAUUGCCAUUGGUGUGCAUAUCAACACUGGCUAAGCUCACUGCUUAAUUGUUCUUUCUGUUUAAGGUCUGAAUUUGUUAUGUGGUGUUAAUUGUUACUCAUUUAACUGUGUUUUUCCCACCAUUUCUCAUGUCCUCAUGGAAUGUUAACUCUUCUUCUGUUAUUCUGCUUGA